AUUUCAGCGAUUGUUUAUUUUGAUUUUUUUUUCUUUUAUAUUUUCCCCUGUGAUGAUUAUUGCUUUGAUCAGUUUAUUGAUCGCAGCCAUUAAAUUGAAUUUGAUCUUUAUUCCUCAAUGAGAUUUUCGUUCUGGAUUGCCCUUGACCUCUGCUCUGUGUUUGUUCGGAUCGUCGAUGAUGGGUUGUUUUAGGUCAAACACUCAAAUUUCGUUUGCGAUUUCCCCUGCUGCGGGUGCAUGUGCUAUCCUUGAAUAGAAGCAAGCAGUGGAUGAUGCAUACGAAUGAACUCUCGGGUAAAAAACCCAUUAAUGGGCCCCUCAAUAAAAGAAUAGGUUCCAGAGAUGCCCCCAAGGGUAUGGAUAAAAACAUUCAGCUUUGCCCUCGAAGUGGAUGUAGCGGAAGGCUUAACUAUACUAGGAUGGGAUGCACUCCAAAACCCUACCCUUCAAGGCAGAUUUUGAAUCCUUCAAAUGGCAAGGAAGUUGUUGCUAGUUCUUCAAGAAGCUCUCCCCUUACAAAGAAAUCACACAUUGAAUAUCAGACAAAAGCCUCCUCCCACACAAACUCUGAUGAUUUUAAAGCUAAAGCUAUUCAGGAUGUGACAGUGGUUAAAGAUCAAAUACAUUCAUCAAGAAACACUGAAUCUAGGAAAAGUACUGUUUUGGAAACAGGUUGCUCCAGUGGAUUGUCAGAUAUGAAGAACCAUCAAAAGCCUCAUUGUAAUAACCACAAGAGUGUCAAUCAAGAUAAUUUGAGACCUAGUAAUGUUCGCUUUGGGACAAGGAGUAAACCUACUACUGUUGAAAAUGGGUAUCGAACUCCCAAACUCAGUCCAACAUCAUUUCCCCUUCCACAUUCAUCACAAUCACGAUUCAUGAAAAAGAAAAGCUCUGAAAGUGAGAGUAGUAGUGCAUCUUCUUCUGUACGGAAUAGAUCGAGUAGGUCAUUCUCAAAAGAAGGCCGUGGGGUUCUUAACAAUCGUGGGGUCUUAAUUUCUGAUGUUAAUCAUGUUGUUUCGGAUAGGAAUAUGAACUCAAGAGUGAGAGCUCGUGAUCAAGAUAACAAUGGGAACUCGCGAUUUCCACAGCCUAAAACAUCAAAUUCCCAUAUGUUCAAUUCAUCAUAUUUGUUCUCAGCAGGCGCUUCUUCAAGUGAAUCUAGCUCUUACAAUCUUCCUCGCAAUGAUGGUGGUGAUACAAUACGAAGUUUAUUGCCCUUCCCAUCUUCAGACUUUAGCAUCGGUCAGUCAAAUAAUCAUGAUGACUUGUGGAGAUAUAACAUGGAUGAAAUUUCUGGGGCAUUGUUACAGCUUGAGACAAUUGAGCACGAUGAGGAGUUAACAUACGAGCAACUACUAGCACAUGAAAGCAAUGUUUUCUUCAACGGCAUGAGCUUCUACGACCACCAUAGAGAAAUGAGGCUGGACAUUGAUAACAUGUCGUACGAGGAAUUACUAGCUCUUGGAGAGAGGAUGGGCACGGUAAGCACAGCUCUUUCAGAGGAAUCAAUGUCAAAGUGCCUUAGUAGAAGCAUUUAUCAGGUUUCUUUCAAGGAAGUCGGUGUUGCUGGGUUGAAAGGGGAUGAAGAUGACAGUAAAUGCAGCAUUUGCCAGGAGGAGUAUGUGUUUGAGGAUGAGAUUGGGAAGUUGGAAUGCGAACAUAGGUAUCAUUUCGGGUGCGUUCAACAGUGGCUAAGGAUGAAGAAUUGGUGCCCUAUCUGCAAGGCUUCUGCAGUUUCAUCACGGCCCACUUCGCCGCCGUAGUUCAAACCAAUGGGGUAACUACUUCUCUGAUGGACUAUAAGUUCAUUUUGCUCUUGUACAUACUUUUUUUUGCUCCACUCAAAAACAAUUUUUUUUUAGAAGCUUAAGAUUUCAAUAAAAUGGUCACAUGUGCCCGGGGCUAAUUGCUCUGCGGUGUAGACUUUUACUAGUUUUGCAAGUUUUGAUGUAAUAAUAAUACUAAUACUACGUAAGUAAUAAUAAUACACAUUGCACAAUAGUAUUUAGGUUAUAGACAAUAAUUGUUUUUUAGUUCUAUUGACUCCACUACAAUGUAGUAUCUCUUCAUUAAAAUAAUUGUUUACUACAUGGCAGUCUAUUCUUUUCCUAAUUCUUUGUGUUACAAGCAAGUAUACUGUCCUCUCUAGGGAUGGCAAUUCUAUCCGAAUCCGAACCGAAAAAAUAAAUAUUCGAAACUGACCCGAAAAAAUUCAAACCGAACCUAACUUUUGUCGGGUUGGGUUUGGGUUAGUAUAUUUGACUGACCUGUACCCGAACCAACACAACAUGUACCCGACUUUUAAUAAGUUUUUAAUAUUCCAUGUAUUUUUGAUGCACAUAUUUUUAAUGUAUUAGAACUUAUUGCAUUUUUUGUGUUCCAUUUUUUAUAUAUUGUGGUUUAAUCUUGUGUGUCACACAUGUGUUAUUUUCUUUAUGCUCCAUAUAUUCUUACUUGAAACUUACAAUUGUUUGUUUCGCAUGCGCGGGAAGAGGGAGCAGUUGCGGAUUUCUGGUCCGAUGUCACCCUCGACGGGAUCGGAUGGCUGUCGUUCGAUCUCUCCUGUUUCACCGACGUCCCAUUCUUGCCCCAAAAAGACGUGGGCCCAAAACGCCUUCGUCCGCUCCUAUUUUGCCUUCCUAGACCAAAAAUCUGCAACCGCUCCCUCUUCCUGGCGUGCGGAACAAACAGGAGUAUGACAUCUUUAAGGAUCAUUCGGCCAUAAUUAUUUUUGUUAAUAUCUUAAAUUUUAUGUCAUCUU